AUGUGGCACCCAGUGUGUGAAGAGGCAAGAGAUGAGAAGAUGGUACGGCGAACAGGUGAGAUCAGGGUGUUGUGUGACCUCCGAGAGGAGUUCGGGCCUUAUCCUCGGGGCAGGACCCCCGCUCUGGGCCCCCGUCCUGGCCCUCCUCCUGCUCCCCAACCUGGCCCAACCAGGUUCCCAUCUCUCACCAACAGGUUCCCUCCUCUCUCGGGAGCCCGCAAGGCUGGCAAACCGCAGAGGGGCCCUAGGGUCCCCUGCUCCCCCUGCCCUGCCAACCCCCCAUCUCCCCUUUCCAUCCACCCUGUCCGCCUGGCCUCCCUCUCUUCCUUUGCCCCACACCCCCCUUCUGGUCCUUCUCUGGCCUCCAGCCACCUGGACAGAUGGCUCCCCAGCCCCUCCCCUCCUGCCCAGUCCCCACUUCCCUCCAUAGCCCGUCCUUCGGGCUACCCUGCCAGCUGUGCCAGGGGCCAGGAGUCCCUGCCAUUGGGCACCCAGACCUUUGAGAGCUGGGUCCCUUCCAGGCGACAGGCCCCUUCUGCGCGCAGGGAGCAGAAUGCGGUGGGCAGCAGCCACAGGGCCCCGGGCACCCAGGGCUACUCCCGCUUCCCACCUGUGGCACAAGGGAAGAAAGGCCAGACUGGCCAGAAAAGGGGGGACCCACGUGUAAACCCCUCUGUCUGCCCGGCUGGGCAAGACAGCUUGAGACUGGAAGGCCGGAAACUGGAAGGCCGGAAGCCGGGAGCACGGCCCUCCCUUCUUCCCUUUCGAAAGGCGUCCCAGUCUUGAUAGCCGGCUGCCUGCAGGGUGCAGUCACGCUCUGAAGACACACCUGGGACUGCACCCCUUCCUCAGGAUCCGCAGCCUCUGCCGGCCACAGGAGCCCAGCUCUCCUGCCGACGGCCUACACGCCUACACGUGAGUCACUCCUCAGUGAGUGCAGCCUGUCAGGGCCCCUGGCCUUCAGCUUCGCCUCCUGUGCCAGGAGCAGGCGUGGAAAUGGGCAGUGUCAGGGUCCGUCCCCAGGACCUGUCCUCUCUCGUCCACCUGUCCACCCGCUCUGCCCCGAGGGCAGCCUCCGCUGGGCCUGGGCCAGGAACAGGCCAAGCGCCAAGUCCGAACCUGCCCGGAGGCUCCGUGUCCCA